ACCAUUGUGAAUGCCCUCCGAUAAACAGCCGAUAAGACGUUGCUCGAUCUAACAAGCUCUUCGCUUGCUCCAUACUCUCCGAACCGGAUUAUCACCCAGCCACCUCAAGGACCGUGCCACUUAGCCUUCGCCAUGGGCUUCGGAGCUCCCGGUGGUGCCGCAACCAACUACAAGCCCACGCCUCCCGAGCGUGGCAGCUUUCCCCUGGAUCACUAUGGCGACUGCAAACAUCUGAUCUCCGAUUACCUGAAAUGCCUGAAAUCGAACCGCGGCGUGAACGACGACGCAUGUCGAAAAUUGGCGAAAGGGUAUCUCGCUUGUCGGAUGGAAAACAAUCUCAUGGCGCCGGACGAUUUUAAGAACCUCGGGUUGACAUUUGAGAAGGACAAGGCCGCUGCUGCUGCUGCUGCUGCUGAGGGGGCUGCGGCGGGGACGGAGAAUAAGUCAUAAGUUUGGGGGUGGUUGCGAGGGUUGUACGAUAUUUCUGGGACGUUGGCGGUCUUUUGUGCAAGACAUGAGGGGCUGCUGGGUUGGUUGAUGAUUUUCACGAUCUGGUCGAUUGGUAUAUAUUCUCUCACUCUUCGUAUUUUUCGGCGUCUGGGAAAGGUGGUUAUCUAUAUUUCGUUCUAUGUAUGUACAGGAUGUGCAGGAUUAUAUGGUCUGUAUAUAUGUAUUGAUUUAAAGCCUUCGCUCAAGCCAAAUAUCUGAG